CCCUGGCUCCCAGCUGCCGCGGCUCUCCCUCCCUCCUCGCUCCCUUGCCGCUUUGCUCCCUCGCUCCCAGCCCACAGCAGGCAGGCUCCCGGCCGGCCGGCCCUCUCUCAGUCUGCCCGUCCUCCUGCCCCUAGCUCGGGAGCGGGACCUCGCAGUCGGAGCUCCCCGCCUCUGCCUCCAACCCAGCUAUCCCCUCCUUCCCCUCCUCCCUUGUCCCCUCCGGGUCCCAGGGGCUGGGGGGCCAAGGUCCCGGGGCCCCAGGCCCCCAAACUCCACAAUGAGGGGGGAUCUCUGGCUCCUACUGGCGGUGCUUAGGGAGGCAGCCGGUGGGCUGAGCCCGGAUCAGGGAGCAGGACAGGGACCAGGCAGAAGCCCAGGAUGGGAUGAGUGGAGCACAGACAGAAGGAUGCUGGGCUGGAGGAGGAGGGUCCGAGAGAGCACCGGCCGGGCACCUGAGCCGAAUAGGAAGCGACUGAGCCAAGACCAGCGUGGGGGUACCUUGGCUAUUGAUACAUUCCCCGAUAAUGAAACAAAGAUUGUGGAAGACAACCAUAGCUACUAUAUUUCUCGGAUGUAUGGCCCCAGUGAACCCCGGACGCGAGAGUUGUGGGUAGAUGUGGCAGAAGCCAACAGAAGUCAAGUCAUAGUGCACGGGAUCCUUUCCAAUACCCACCGCCAAGCUUCAAGAGUGGUCCUGUCCUUUGAUUUCCCAUUCUAUGGCCAUCAUCUGCGGCAGAUCACCAUAGCAACCGGAGGCUUCAUCUUCAUGGGGGAUGUCAUCCAUCGGAUGCUCACAGCCACCCAGUAUGUGGCACCUCUGAUGGCCAACUUUAAUCCUGGAUACUCCCCAAAUUCUACAGUCACAUACUUUGACAAUGGGACAGUCUUUGUGGUACAGUGGGAUCACGUCUACCUCCAGGGCCAUGAGAACACAGGGAGCUUCACCUUCCAGGCAGCUCUGCACAUCGACGGCAGGAUCGUCUUUGGCUACAAGGAAAUCCCAAUGUCCGUCCUGGACAUCAAUUCCACCCAGCACCCCGUCAAAGCCGGCCUGUCUGAUGCCUUCAUGAUUCUCAGUCCAGCCCCUGACAUGCCAGAAUCUCGCCGAAGGACAAUUUAUGAGUAUCACCGAGUUGAGUUGGACACCAGCAAGGUCACCAGCACAUCAGCUGUGGAGUUUACUCCUCUGCCAACCUGUCUGCAACAUCAGAGCUGUGAAGUCUGCGUCUCCUCAGACUUGACCUUCAACUGCAGCUGGUGUCACGUCCUCCAGAGGUGUUCCAGUGGCUUUGACCGCUAUCGGGAGGAAUGGUUGGCAUACGGCUGUGCCCAAGAGGCAGAGGGCAGGACAUGUGAGAAUUUCCAGGAAGAAGAACAUUAUGCCUCAUCCCCUGAGACCUUCUUCACCCCUUUUGAUGGAGAAUUCACCACUUCUGCCUCUUCCCUCUUCAUUGACCACCUCACCACAGAAGAUGACACCAAGUUGAAUCCAUAUGGGGAAAGAGAUGAUCUACAGGACAAUCUUUCUCCUAAAAAAAGGGGUCCUGAAGUGCAUUCAGGGGCCAUUGUGGGCAUUGUGCUAGCUGUCCUACUAGUUGCAGUUAUCAUCCUGGCUGGGAUUUAUAUCAACACUCAUCCCACUUCUAAUGCUGCCUUAUUCUUCAUUGAGCGGAGACCUCAUCACUGGCCAGCCAUGAAAUUCCGCAACCGAACCAGUCAUGGAACCUACACGGAAGUGGAGCCUUCUGGGCAAGAGAAAGAGGGCUUCAUGGAGGCAGAGCAGUGUUGAAAGCAGUGUUUCCUCCAUUCUUCUCUUCCUCUUCCUACCAAAAACCAAGCCCCCAAACCCCAAACGAUUGGUCUUGAUUAUGGAGUCUUCUCUCUUUUAUGAUGAGCCCUUGAGGGUGGGAAGGAAGACCCAAGGAGACCCCAAAGUCAAGGCCAAUAUUAUUCUUCUUUUAUGGAACUCCUCUUAAUGUAUCCUGGGGCAUGAAGACAGACAGGGUGAGGAAGGAUCUAUCAGAUCAACAACAUGACAGCCAAGUCACAGGGCCUGGAACAGGAAGCGAUGCACUCCAGUCAGUCUUGUGGGGGAAAAAUAAUAGCCUGCCCUUGUGCUCCCCUGGUAUCAAUGAUGUAUAGCAGCGGCCCUGUCUGGGUCUUGAAAUAUGUCAGUCUAAGGGGCAGCUAGGUGGCGCAGUGGAUAGAGCACCAGCCCUGGAUUCAGGAGGACCUGAGUUCAAAUCUGGCCUCAGACACUUAACACUUACUAGCUGUGUGACCCUGGGGAAGUCACUUAACCCCAAUUGCCUCACCAAAAAAAAAAAAAGAAAAAGAAAAAGAAAAAAGAAAUAUGUCAGUCUGCCCCCAUUCCUCCAGCCUCUUCCUGCAUAGGAAUGGAGAGGGUUUGGACACCCUGCAGAACCUCGCCUGCCCCACGCAUUUGUCGCACUAUUACUAAGGACUAAAGGGUGCUGGGUCUCUAUAAUCCAUAGACUUGAGAGCUGGUCCUCACAGCUAUGGAUCCAGCACAUAAUCAGUUUCUUUGGAUCAGCCUGCCAGACACAGGCACACUCUCCAUCUGCUAAUCCUAAAUAUUGCUGCACUUCACUACUCUUCCCAGAGCACUGGAAAUAGAACAAGGAUUCCAUCAACCUAGGGUGAAAUGAGGAGGAAAGAUAAGACGUCUCUUAGAAUUCCCAUCCUGCCUACCCAAUUGCUCCUCUCCAGAAAAUGAGUCUGCCAAAUUUGGAAGGCAAAUACCUCAUGCCGUGAGCCGGUAUGAAACGCUGUUUUUACAGUGUUUCCCAUGAAAAAUCCACUCUUAUUGAGAGUGUGGUGUGGUGGACAGAGAACAUUGAAAAUGAAGUUUAAUGCCACCUCAACUCCCUCCUAGCUUUGUAAACCUGAGGAAGUCAUCAAAACUUUCCAGGCCUUAGUUUCCUCAUUGUAAGAUGAGGACUGGAUUUGAUGCCCCUUGUGGUCCCUACUAUCUCCGAUUCUCUGAUCAUAUCCAACCCAAUAGGCAUUUAUUAAAUUCCCAUUUGGGACAAGGGUGUGGAUAUAUAACAAUUAAAUGAAAAAAACUGGUAAGCUCUGCAGGAGCUUACUUUUUACUUGACCGGGAUACAGCAAAGAAGGAUAUACGGUUAUCCCUUCUACAUUGCUACUUUCCCCAUCAAGGUUUCCAUAUAUCUUGGGUCAGCAUAAGAAAUUAAAAGGGAAUUAGGGGGAAUUUUUGUGGAAGCCUGCAGAUGACACAGAAAAAGUUUAGAAACUCAGAAAUGCAUAAAAUAUAUGUAUAGUAUUAUAUGAUAUCAACAUUUUAUCUUUUAAUACCAUAAUAAUACAGACUUCUCUGGUACAAAGGGAAAGCCAAAAAAAAAAAUGUUGCACAGACUUUCCCGAUGACGGGUCUCAUGCCCUAACUCCUGCCACAGGGAAAAGAUAACUGUGCAUGGCAAUUUGAGGAGAAGGAACAAAGCGGGUGAUCAAGAAAGUCUUUCAGGCAGCUAGGUGGUGCAGUGGAUAAAGCACUGGCCUUGGAUUCAGAAGGACCUGAGUUCAAAUCCAGCCUCAGACACUUGACACUUAACUAGCUGUGUGACCCUGGGAAAGUCACUUAACCCUCAUUGCCCUUCAAAAAAAACAAAACAAAAAAACAAAACAAAAAAAGAAAGUCUUUCCAUAGGAGAUGGAGCAUGAGCUCAAGUUUGAAGGAAGUUAAGGAUGCUAAGAGGUGGGAACCCAAAGUCAUAUUUUCCUGCUGUGGGUUAUUUAUACUGAGGCCACUCUGACACAAAUUUUAUCCAGUGACUUGUUUGGCCAUCAUUGCCAGGAAUUCUGUUCAAAGGCAGGACCUAAUUGAUAUUUUCUUUCUCCUUGGCUGGAUUCAUGGAGCCAUUAAAGAUAAAUAUGGUGGCUAGAUGUCCAGCUCCACCCCUACCUCCCUCCUCGAUUACUUCUUGAAAUAAACCCACCAGGGAACCUCUGAUGAAUUCUUUUCAGAAAACAAGGAUGCCAAAGUGACUGGGGCCAAGGAGGCAGGAUAAGCUAUGUAGAGAUAACAGGGCACCAGAGCUUGGUCAUUAUCUCUGUAGGGGCAAUCAGAGGCUAAAUUGCUGUCUCACUUAUGAAGACUCCCCCCACCUUUUCUAUGAAUGUUUUAUUGAUGCCUUUUACUUUCCAGUGAUUGCCCUAUUCUUCCAAACCCCACCUGGGCAUCCUCUUUGUAAAGAUCUUUAAGCAAAACAAACCAUUGGCAACUUAUGUAUACCUCAUUCCCCAUCUACAUUCUACCACCUCUCUGCUAAAAGGAGAGGAUAAUGUCUCACCAUCAAUCCUUUGCAGUCAUGAUUAGUCAUUCUUUUGAUUAGACAUAGUAUUAUUUUCUUUUACCUUAUUGUGUUCAUCAUUUAAACUGUACUCUUGGUUUUGCUUACUUUUCAGUUCAUAUGAGUCUUUCCAAGGUUUUUAAGGACCUUUUCCAAAAAUAACUUGACCUAAAAAGUUGAUAUGACUUUCCCCAGGUAAAUAAACUUUGACAGAAGAUUUCUGGGGGCAAGAAUUCAGGCCCCAAUUCAGUCUGAAAGAUAGUCCUAAUUGGGGUGAUGUCCUCCUUGAAGCAUCCAAAAUUAUAAACUCACCAUUCAUCUUAUUCAAAAACAAGAAAAAUAAGUGCCAAUUAAUAUCAAAGUCUCAGUGUCCUUAUGCCUUGUCCCAUGGUGUUGUCAUAAAGGGAAUAGUAAGAGCAGCUUCAUUCAGCUAUGGGUAUGUGAUCUUAACAAUGUGGCUAUUCCCUCCAAUGAUGAAGGUCCCCUCCCAUUCAUGUCUACCCAUUGUUUUGGAUUCUUUCCAACAUCCUCCAAAAGUUCACCAUUGGUGAUAUACCCAGAGUCCUUCCAUCCAGUCUUCCUUAUUCUCUGUUGAGAUUGUGAGGACAUCAUGGGGCCUAUAUCUCCCCCUCAACACAUGCCUGGCCAUCUUCUUUUUCAGUCAUAUAUUUCUGUAAGAACAUCCUUUUCACGAUUUCUCCUUAUAUCUGACUUGGGAUGGGCUACAACUGUCUCCCACCCACUGCGGGCCUCUUUGUUGCCCUUUGGGCAACAAAUCCAGUUCUUCUGAGACCGUGGUGCUCCUUGACCAGCAGUCAUAGAAUAUCACUGGAAGAGAAUAGGUGUUUAAAUAAGAUGGGCCGCUUUUUCAGGAUAAAUCUUCGAGCCAUUAAAAGAAUCUUGCAAUUUUCAGAAGGCAACCCUACCCAGUCUCCACCUGCUUCUCAUUUCUGUUCCUAGCUCAUUAUCCAUUUGCAGAGUCUUCUAAGAUGUGUGGGAGGUGGGGACAAAUCUAUUCACCUCAAACAAAAUCUUUAUUGAUAUUUUUUUCCAGUAGCUACAUGGUUUAUCCUCAGUGAGGAAGCAAUUGACAAUUAAAAGAGGAAAUGUGGCCGACUUCUGGCACUAGUGCUUAAUGAAACAGAAUCAUAGGGAGGAUAGAGCUAGCUUACACACACACACACACACACACACAAGUUAAGGAAAAAAACAAAAGCAACAGAGAAAGCUGGAUGCUUUUCAAGCUUCUAAAGAAGACCAAAAAAGUAGCUAAUAAGUCAUUAGUCAUGAAAGGAACAACUGAGGCAUUUCAAGUAAUCUAGCACAAGGGCAGGACUCCUCUAACUAUUGACUGUUGUGUUUUUAAAAAAUAUAUCAUACUAGCAAGGCAUUUGUGGCCACCAUGGGAGAUGUAGAGAUUGGACAUGGGGGUAGAAGGAUGGCAUGUAAUUUCUUUUGGAGACCCUGUACUAUAUGUACCACCAUUUGGUCCACACAUCUUCCAAUAUGCCUUUUAACCAAUGUGAGCCCCACUGCUCUGGAUUCUGUAAAGGUAAAAGCCUCAAACUUUGGAUUAACAAUUUGGCAGAGGCACUCUGCCAAGUGUGAGUUUCUACAGUGGGGUCAGGAGGUGCUUGACACAAUCCACUCCAAGUUAAGCAAAGCAUCUGCUGCUCCUAUGGUCAGAGAAAGCUGAGGCGGAGGGCAGCAUGCCAGCCCAAGGCAUCUGCAUUCAUUAAAGAGAGGACAGAGGACAUAUUCAUUCAUGAAACCUAUCACUGUUCCCUCAGCACAUAGAAAGUGAUUGGGUGAACUGCCUGUUUACCCAACAACUGUGACAUUUUUAAUGGGGCUAAACAUUCUCCAUUUUCCCAACCACUUCUUCUAAGACUUUGGCUUAAAGUGAGCCAGAUGCAUCAGGCGCAGGGAAUAAUUCAGAUUGAGAACCACUGGCAGGAUAGAAAUUUGGGCUUUAUCCUUAACCUCAGAAUUCUGAUCUGUGAUGAUCAGAAUUGGCCAGGAAUGCAAGGCAUCCUGAGACACACCUGUACAAUGGAAAGAGUUAUGGCUACAGUCAGAGGAUCCUUGUUCAAAUCCGGCCUUUGAUAUGAUCUAUGUGACUCUGGGCAAAUCCAUCAUCUCUCCUAGGCCUUGGUUUCCUAGGUCUGUAAAAUGGGGGCUGAAGAAGGUCUGAAGUCUCUUCUAGUGCUAUGAUUCUGUGACCUAAGGCACCUUAUUGAAACCACUGUCUUUCUGGUAUAUUGGAUGGCUACCAAAAAAUUAUCAACUUUCCUUUGCAGUCUGUUUUAUGUUUAAGCUCUCUUAGUAUGGUUUUCAUAAGCCACAAUGUCCCAAGUGUGAAACUAAGGAAAUAGGACUGUAGAUUUAGAGCUAGAAGGAAUUUCGGAAGUCAUCUCGUCUAAAACUUUCAUUUUACAGAUAAGGAAACUGAGGCCCAGAGAAGGCAGGUAGGCAGACAACAAGCAUUUGUUAAGCACUAGCUAGCUUUAUGCCAAGUACUGGACAUACAGAUACAAGUGGAAAAAAAAAAGACAGUCCCUACUCAAGGAUACACAGAUAAUAAAUAGCAGAGCCUCAUCUCAAGCCUGGGUCCUCUGGCACCAAGUUCAUGCUCAGUAUGCAUUGUGCCACACUGGUCUGAGAGACAGGGAUUUAAGGGAUUGGUUGGAUUUGGUUGAGGAUGGUCAGAGAAGGGCAGGGGCUCCUUUCUCUGAAAUCAAAUGAGCUUAUUCCCCUCUUUGUAGAGAGUAUUGGUUGAGUUACUUUCCCAAGGGUCCAAUGGAUAUUCUCAUACUGGUCCCAGACUAGAGGAUAAACAUAAGGGUCACUGUUUAACAAUAACCAGCUCUCCAGUAAGGCCAAGAAAUCCCUGGGAAACCUCUAACAAUAACUCAGCUUGUAAGAAAAAGACCCUCCGUGCUCAGAAACUCUUAGGAAAAGAAGGCCAGGAGAGAGAGAUAAUCAGGUUAUAAGCAAUACUAGCUUCCUCUUAAAGGGAAAGGAGUAAGCCAUUCAGGAAACUUACCAUCACACUAUAUGAAUUUGUGAGCUGAGAACAAAAGAUUCCUAAUUUCAGAAGUUUAUUAAGUUGUCCUGCCUAGGAGAGAAUCAAAAUAGGUGACUUGUCCCCUCCCACUAAUCUCUAAAAAUUGUACGUUAUAUAGGAUUCAAACAAAGGAGCAAAGAAACAGCUGAUUGGUUAAUGCAUAAUAACUUUUUCAAAUAAGGUACAAUAGAUUAAUCAAACUUCACAUAGAUUAAUUAAAAUGUACUUCUCAGGAAACUAGAAAUUAACCGGAACUGCCAAACAGCAAUCUUUGGGUCCCCAGAAAUUUUCUGGGGUUGGUACAACCCAGGAUCCUAAGCUUAAGUAUUAAAUUAGUUUGAUCGCUAAGCGAUACAAAUCUGGUUUCUUGUCAUGCAAGGCUAGAUUCAAUGAAAUUAUUAAUAAUCUUUCCUACAAUUCAGCACUUAAUAAUUUUACCUAAAAAUCAGUAUUUAAUCAUUUUGCCUACAGGAUAUAUCCAAAAACAUCCUGAACUUCUGAGGUCAAAUCACAGAUAUUGAGUUGAAUGAGUGACUGACUGUAGCAUUUUUUAGCAUGAGUAAGCACUUCCUAGGCAUUCCAUUAAGGCCAGCUGUGAUUUCAGUUUUAAUAUCUUCAAAGCCUGAUCUAAAGCUUUAGUUUAAGCAUCUUUCCCCAGGGUCAUUUGAAGACACCUUUACAAGUUGGCCUAGGUUUUUGGUGGGGGUUUGUUUAAGUCCUGUUUUAAAGGGACUAUGUAAUAUACAUGUAUAUAUUGUAUAUCUCCAAGCAUUGGAUUGGCUGGGGCCUUUAGCUGUGCUCAGAUCCCUGAGUUGCCCAGUUCUUUAAAUCAAGACAAUGGAGAAAUCUCUAGCCAUCGGUCUUUGUAAAGUACUGGGCCUGCACCAUUUUAAGAUGACCACUGACUGAGUUGUUGAUGGGAGUGGGGGUGAGAAAAAACGUCUUAGAACAGGGUCAGAGAUGUCUCGAGUGCCUGCCUGCCUGCCUGCCUGCAGGUUCAGGGUUCAGGAAUCUUCAUCAGAGUUCGGGAUUAAAAGCAAAACAAACUCACUGUUUUCCUAAUAGAGGCAAAUUUCCACAUACUUGAACUCCCAGAACUGGAUGGAUCUGAGGAUGGAAGGUCUCUUGUCAUGAAGUGUCCUGGUUCAAUGUGGAUGGGAUCCAGUGUUAGUACUAAAAGAAACCAUUGCCCUUGGACUGCCUUCUUUUCCAAAUAAAAAGUGUAAAUGAU